CUCAUCCCUUCCAAGAUGGCGGCGUCCAUAGAGCAAUUGGUGGCUUCUUUGUCUGGGCUGGAAGAGCCCUUAGAGGCUUUGCAGACCUUAAAAACAGCGGCCCUGGCUCUGCCCCUGAGCACCCUGAGGGAGACGGUCCCGGAGCUCCGCCUGGGGGCUAUUUUCUCCCUUUUGAACGUUAAUGACAGAGAACAGGUUGCCAUGUGCGUUGCCAUACUGGAAAGAUUUCUACAGGCCCUCGAACCGCUUCAGGUUGCCCGAAAUUAUAAAGAAGAACUUCAGAGAGGACUCUAUCACCCCGAUGAUUCCGUGAAACUCCUCACUAUAGCGCAAGUUGGAAGGAUCGUGGAGUGUCCGCAGGCGAUGACAGAAAUAAUCACCAACCUUGAUCUCCUGAAACAAAUUAUCCUGUGCAUCGGAGGAGAUAAAAUAUCGGUAGCCAAGGAGGCGAUUAAAUCCCUAUCAAAAAUCUCUCAGACGACAUCCGGCCUCGACGUGCUUUUCGGAAGCAAUUUGCUGACGGACGUUAAAAACGUCAUGGCGAUCAGUGACGUGGUGCGGUAUAGAGUUUAUGAGCUGGUUGUAGAGAUCGCUUCUGUGUCCGAGGAGUCUUUGAAGUGCUGCGCAAACAGCGGUCUGGUGCCGCGAUUACUGCAGGAGCUCACAGGGGAUGAUGUCCUUGUCAGAGUAACCUGCACGGAGAUGGUGACCUCCUUAGCCAGCACCUCGCACGGCCGCAAAUAUCUGUCUCAGCAGGGCGUCAUCGACAAAAUCUCCAACAUGAUCGUGGGAGCAGACGCCGAUCCUUUCUCUGGAUUCUAUUUGCCAGGAUUGAUAAAGUUCUUUGGGAACCUUGCCAUCAUGGACAGCCCACAGCAGAUCUGUGAACACUACCCAGCAUUCCUUGAGAAGGUCUUCAGUAUGGCGGAGGGCCAUGAGACUACCAUGAUAGGAGUGGCCGUGGACACACUCGGAGUUUUGGGUUCUAACAUAGAAGGAAAGCAAGUGCUACAUAAGACAGGAAGCAAAUUUCAGAGCGUCUUCAAUAGGACUGGGCACCAUGCGAAAAAUGCCCCUACUGAACUCCGAGUGAGAUGUUUGGACGCAAUCGCGGCUCUCAUGUUCCUGCCAACUGAUCUACAUACAGAAGAUCUGUUAGCUAUGGCUGAAUCCUGGUUCAGGUCCCUAUCAAACCAACCCAUUGAUCUGUUCAGGGGCAUCGCCUGCCAGCCCUUCCCUGAGCUGCACUGCGGCGGACUCAAGGUCUUCACGGCUAUUGCAAAUCAACCUUGGGCCCAGAAGCUGAUGAUCGAAAGCCCCGGAUUUCUAGAAUACAUUGUAGAUCGAACCGUAGACCCGGACAAGGAAUCCAAGGAUGCCAAAUUCGCGCUGGUGAAAGCACUUGUGAGCUCCCCAACGAUCGCUGAAAUAUUUGGCAAUCAGCAUUACCUGAGGCUCCGCGCCUACCUCAGAGAAGGCCCUUACUACGUCAAAGCCGUCUCGACCGUGGCUGUGGAAGGAGCAGAAUAGGCUGUUAUUCUGAACUUUGACGGACAUUUCUCGUUGGUGCUCUCCAACCAAGCUCCGGUGGGACACGAGUCAGAUUAAGGAACUGGAAAUCGGACCAGCCAAAAAAAGCACUUAUUUGAAUCGCUUAAAGCAAGUACCUUAUUAGAUGUGACGUUGGCAGUGCUUUCCAUGUGUCUGUAAUGUUUGUAGGAAAUACACUGCUUUAUUAGA